UUGCUCUGUAAAGGCAAUGUUUCCUCUUUUCUCUGUGAAGGAGAUAACGGUGGAUCUACCCUCUCUCAGCUCUCAUGGCUCCAGUUCUGUUCCUGUUGGUAUUUCUCUCUGGAGCAGCUUCUGACCCGAUUGUGGUAACAGUGAAUCCUGGAGAUGAUGUCACUCUGUCAUGUCAGGCUGCUGAUUCCUCCAUCAGUGUUGUAAAGUGGAGCAGACCUGACCUGGAGCCAGAUACCGUCCUCUUCUACAGUGAUGGACGCUUGGAUCCAGACAACCAGAAUCCAUCCUUUAAGGACAGGGUGGAGCUGGUGGACAGAGAUCUGAAGGACGGGAACGUGUCUUUAAUUCUGAAGAAUGUGAACAGACACGACACUGGGACAUACACGUGUGGAGUUAAAACUGGUGAUACUGACCCAAUCAGAACUAUCACAACUAUCAGAACUAUCAGAACCGUCCAUCUGCAGGUUCCAGAGCGAGGUUCUGAGGAUAGAAACUCCUCUCCUGGAGGCCGAGACGGUGGACUGGCUGCAGGUGUUCUGGUUGUUCUGGUUCUUGUAGCUGCUGCAGUGGGUGGUGUCCUGAUGUAUAGAAGACGUCAGAAGAAGAGACCAGGACCACCUGCUGCAUCACCCGACCUGACUGUAACAGUGUAUCCUGGAGAUGAUGUCAUUCUACCAUGUCAGGCUGCUGGUUCCUCCAUCAGAACUCUAAAGUGGACCAGAGAGGACCUGGAUCCAGAUACCGUCCUCUUAUACAGAGAUGGAGACUUGAAACUAGACCACCAGCAUCCAGACUUUAAGGACAGGGUGGAGCUGGUGGACAGAGAUCUGAAGGACGGAGACGUGUCUUUAAUUCUGAAGAAUGUGAGCAGACACGACACUGGGACAUACGAGUGUCGAGUCAAAACUGAUGAUUCUGACCUAAUCAGAACCAUCAGAAUCAUCUGUCUGCAGGUUACAGACCUACCUGUGGUAACAGUGGAUCCUGGAGAUGAUGUCAUUCUGCCAUGUCAGGCUGCUGGUUCCUCCAUCAGAGCUGUAAAGUGGACCAAACGUGACCUGAAGCCAACAGAUAACGUCCUCUUAUACAGAGAUGGACACUUGAAAACAGAUGAACAGCAUCCAUCCUUUAAGGACAGGGUGGAGCUGGUGGACAGAGAUCUGGAGGACGGAGACGUGUCUUUAAAGCUGAUGAAUGUGAACAGACACGAUGCUGGAAUAUACGAGUGUCGAGUUGCAUCAGGUGACUCAUUCAGAUUCAUCAGAAUCCUCCGUCUGCAGGUUACACAUCCAGGAUUUCACAACCACUCUCACACUAGUUUGAUGAUUGUCUCAGUCAGAGCGGUCGGGGAGAUGAGGACGGAGAUAUAUCCCAACUGCAGCCUGGGCGGAGAGUCUCCAAGGUUCUGUAACAACGUGUCCUGUUGCAGUGAUUGGCUACAGAAGAGAAGAAGUCUGUUCUUGGAGCUGCUCUCCCUUUGA